UUGAGAAACACUGUACUAUAGCAAAAAGAGUUACACUGGCAGCUAUGGUUUCUAUUAACCUAUUGUUUGGAUAUGAAGGUAUCAGCUCAUGCCAAACAAAACUAAAAGGAUCUGACUUUAGCUAGUCCAGUGCUCUCUGAUCCCCUCUUUUGUGGCCACUUCUACACUCAAGUCCUGAGAUGGAAUUUCAACAGUGCCCGAUUUGCCUGGAAGAAUUUGCUCGACUCAGCCAACAUCUGAGGGUGACACACCAAAUUAUCAAUGUUGAGGAAAGGAGGCUCCUGUUGGCCCUUGACUCUGGUAGGGUCAGCUUCCGUGUAGGAUGCUGCCCUGUCCUUGGGUGUGGCAAAGACACUACGAGGCUGGACCGUCAUUUAAAGACCCAUCGCAAACUGUCACAGAAGGCUCGGCGAAACAUUGUGAUGGAGUUCAAAAAGAAAAACAUAAUGGCUCAGCUAGCUGCCCUCCGUGCAUCAAAUCCCAGGACCCCAAUGAAGUCCACCUUAGAUCUGGAGGACGAUAAUGUCAAUGACGAUAAUGCCACGGACGGUAAUAUCAAGGACGAUAAUGCCAAGCACGAUAAUGUCAAGGCAGAGGACCUGCCAGAAGUUCAUAUGGCAGAAGAGGAGCUGUGCUGUCUUGAGAGCUGCCGACGUAAAAAACUCCAGCUAAAAUCAGAGGUAGAUGACCUCAACAAACAGUUGAGCACCCUUGCAGCAUCCCUACAGAAAGUCACACAGCGCUUUAGUGCCCUAAAACGUCGGUGUGGUAGUGAGGUUUCUGAGGCCAGUGAGGACAAUGCUUCGCCGAUGUCCCCAAUGCCUCAGGACUCCUCUACAACAUCACAGCAGUCCUUCGACCAGCUGGAGCCCAGCAGCCCCCCUCACCAUCCUGAUCAGCUUCUACCUCUGAAUGAACAACAUGAGAGUUCCGAUCUAAGAAAGCUAAGAAAGAAUGUGGGUGGAAAGAUGUUGCCAGAGGAUAACAAAUUCUCUAUCAUUUCACAUGCCUCACAAGGCUUGGUGAUGCUGAGACCAUUGAAGCAGCCUAGGCUGCGUGCAUCCCACUGCUCCUUUGCACAAGUCAGCCCCAUCAAGAGACCCCAUACCAGAGCUAAGGCCAAAUUCAUAGUAAACAAGGCAUUGAAGGAUUCUAGCUCUCCUCAGCCUCAAUGAUUCUGUUGGGACUUUAAGCUCUAGCUGUGAACUGACGCUAUCGGUGGGUAUGACUCGCAGCGCGAUUUCAAGUUCAAGGCGGCGGUGCAGUCCAUCUAAUAAUCAUACAGUAGCCUACUACAUCACUUCAAGAAUAAAAACAAGAUGUUGGGUUUGGUGUUAAUAAACAGUGCAAACAGAAAAGGAAAUACAAAUCUUAGACUUUAUUCAGUCCUCAGAAAGACAUUUACUGUACACGCUUCCAGCUUACCCUUUUUCCAUUUCUUGCUUUAUAACGUUCAGAGACUUUUUAAGAUUUUGUCAGCAGGUUUAAAUAAAUUGUUGUUG